UUGUCAUUUUUAUCUUAAAUCAUUUUCAUGAAGGCAGUCAUGUGAAUCACAUCUCUACUUUCUGCUCAAAUUCACAAAACUCUAGGCUACCCGCUUUCUUCCUCAUUACAACCUUUGAAAAUAUUGGGUAAAUGGCCGAGCGGCGACAUAGUGGCCCCCUCUAAUGGAAUGCGGCCUCCUUCCUGACAAAGUACUCUUAAUUCGUUGCCAUAAGUAUCAGUCAAGAGUUUUUUCUCCUAAAUUACGAAAUAAUGGCACAAUUCAAGCGUUUUUUUGGGAAGUGGUCGCGUUCCGAAAGAGGUGGCCGCUAUGUCCCCGCUCAGUCAUUUACCCUAGUUUAUUCUCAUGCUGCAAGUUAAAAACCUCCCAAAUUCAUGGCCACCAAUAUCCAAAAUUAAGGUCAUGUACAAGGCUUGAAGUGUACUCUUGAAUUUAGGUAGGACAUUGUGCUAUAGGUUAUUUAGACACUUCUGGCAUGAUUUUUCAAGUAAGGUUAAAGGUAGUCAUCUGAGGACAGAGCCCCCAGUCAGGAAGGAUACAGCACUCAAGGUAUUCUUGGUAAAGAUUCACCUUUAUAAAAGCUGUAAGCGAUGGACAAAUUUGUGAUAAGAACCCCAAGGAAUUCACCAAAUGCUAGUCCAGUAAAAAAGAAGGAAUCACGUAUGAAACAGGCCACAAUUGAAUCCUUAACAGGUGUGGUCAUCAUCGAAGUAUUGGAGAGAGCUAAGGUUGUUCUAGAGAGGAGUGAUGUAACAGAAGAAUUGAAGCUGGACACACUGGAAAGUUUGAAACGUAAAAACCCUGCCAAAGAAAUAUUAGUAAAGACUGGAAUUGGAAAGACUGUCCACAAGUUGUGCAAAGACAAAAAUGAAAAGAUUGCAGCUAUGGCCAAAGAAGUGUACUUGAAAUGGAAGGAGAAUGUCUUGAGUAAAGUCAAUAGGCCUUUGAUAGAAGUUCAGUGUGAUCAGAAGACUCAGAAUUUCAGAAGGAUCGCAAGGCAGAUGAUUUUAGGUUCCUUAAGGACUAAACAUAGUAUGGGAGAUGAAGAGAAAUCAAAGGAGAAAAAGAAGAAAAGUAAAGGAGAGAGUAGCACAAGUAAAAAAGACUGUGAUGAUACCCUAGCAGAAUUCAUAGAACGGGAAGUCUAUCAAACCACAAACAGGAAGUGUAACAACUCCUACAGACGUACCAUAAGAAAACUAGUAUUUACUUUGAGACAUAAUCAUGAAUUGAGAUCAUCAGUCUUAGACUCAUCAGUUACUGUAACUGACUUUGUGAAAGAUCACCUCCAAGCUUGAAAUGUAUUUUAAUUACACAGCUGUUUUUAGAGGUUUGUACCUGCUUUACUUCAAUUUUUUAAGAAGGAAGUGACGUAACUUGAGGAAAAAUGUUUUAAACAAUUUCUCUGUGAUAUUUAUGAAAGUUUGCAAUGGUGAAAGAUUUGAUAGUAAAGUAUAACUGGAAAGAAAAUUUUACCAGUUCUAGAAAACAUAACCACUAAGUUUGUUUCCAUUAUACAGUAUGCUAAUUUCGUCUGCUUUAUAUUAGAUGCAUGAGUGAAGUUGUUUAUGAUACGUCUGCUCUUUAACAUUAAAUAUCUUUAUUUUUAAUAUUAAAAAAAGAAAUAUGAAAUGGCAAGAAAUAUUCCACCUCUUACCAAAUCAAGUGACAGUUGUUAAGUGCUUGUUGAAAUAAAGAUAAUCAGUAAGUGGAUUGCUAAUUAUGUAGGUUUUUAUUGUUGAAUUGGUUUUGUGACAAUUACAGAACAAUAUGGGACUGCAGAUAACAAUUACUGUACAGAAAUGCCUGACAUUGGUAUUCAAUACAAUACUUAUAAUGUAAUUUCUGUUGCAUCUCAAAAAAUAGAGGAUAUUUUGAAAAAGAAAAUAUUUAUAAAGCUGGCAUUCUGUUUUUUCUUUGAAAGUUAGAUAGUAUGAAUGCAGGUGCUUUUUUAAGGAAUAGCAUAUUCCACUGUAAAUACUAUAAGGUAUACCUUUUAGUACUCCAGUAAGACUACUGGUUAUAUACUCAAGGAGUUUGACUGAUGUCCAAAACAUUGUUUUGGGAAGAAGCAGAAAAGGACACAUUUUCAGUUUUGUUUAUUUUUAAACCAAAUGAGAUUCACUGCAACAUGCAUACCAACUGUUUUGUAUUUAUGAUAUUUAUCAUGAUUUUUUUAACGUGUACAGGAAAAGGUAAUUUUUCUUUGUCGGAUGGGUAGCAUGAAGUGAACAGUUUGGCUCAGAACUGUUUCCCUCUCUAACUGAUUCAACUUGUCUGCAGUGGCAUUAAUUUGUUUACCAAAUAUUUCUGGCCUAGUCAAGAAGUGAAGUGAAUGUGAGGAAUUGCUGAAAUUCAUUUAUUAUUUUUCCAUGUCUUAGAUAGAUAAUUUCUCUUCUACUUUUAAUAAAGAGCAAAAUGCUUAGAAGAAACUGGGAAAGCCUAAUAGUUUUUCCAUAUUUCCUAAGUUACAGUUGUUUAUAGCACUUGUCAGUGCAAAGGGGAAAAAAAAUAGAAGUAUUAUCUAGUCUAAGGAUUGGACAUAAGCAUUUAACACAAGGUUACUUAUGGUCAACCCUCAUGACCCAAUUCCCAUUGAUAGAGAAUGCAAUUAAAAAAAGUUUUCUUGUUUAAAUAUAAUUUGACAGAGCAGGUUAAAUACUGGACAUAAAUCCAUUGUAGACAAGCAUUUUAGUGGAAUCUUUAACAUUUUCAGCAUAUUUAGUUUUAAAUUUCUUACAAAGAUGUAAAACUUUUAGAACCAGGUGAGUGAGAAUUAAGGUUUAGUCUUGCUAACAUGGUUUAGACAUUUUUAAUAACAAGCAUACAUGGGAUAAUAUAGACCAGAAAAUGUGUUGUUGAUAUGCAGUUAUAUGGUACAAAUGUAAUUAGAAAUUCUUGAACUUAUUUUUAUAAAUGAACAUCUCACUUUAUGAUGAAUUUUGAAUAUAUAAGUAUAAUUCCCCUCUAUAUUUAGUUAGUUAUUAAAUGUUUUAACUCAUUAGUCUGGUUAAGCUACUUAAUAAGUAAUAUUGUUGGAAUGCAUGUGAUUCCUUUGAGGAAAGUAGGUACCAUUGUGACAACCUUGUGGCAACUAGUAGACCUUUAAUUGUAUUUUUUUAAUGUAUUUUUUAUAAAUUCAUUUUCACCCAAACUGUAGUAUCAGUUCAUUAAAUUCUGAUUCCUGAGUCAAAAUAAAACUCAUAUUUUU